GCCUCCCUUCCCCCUCCCCGCCCAGCCGCGGCCGCUCGGGCCCCGACUCUCGGUUAUAAGAUGGCGGCGCUGAGCGGCGGCGGCGGCGGCGGCGGCGGCGCGGAGCAGGGCCAGGCUCUGUUCAACGGGGACAUGGAGCCCGAGGCCGGCGCCGGCGCCGCGGCCUCCUCGGCUGCGGACCCUGCCAUCCCGGAGGAGGUGUGGAACAUCAAACAAAUGAUUAAGUUGACACAGGAACAUAUAGAGGCCCUAUUGGACAAAUUUGGUGGAGAGCAUAAUCCACCAUCAAUAUAUCUGGAGGCCUAUGAAGAAUACACCAGCAAGCUAGAUGCCCUCCAACAAAGAGAACAACAGUUAUUGGAAUCCCUGGGGAAUGGAACUGAUUUUUCUGUUUCUAGCUCUGCAUCAACGGACACCGUUACAUCUUCUUCCUCUUCUAGCCUUUCAGUGCUACCUUCAUCUCUUUCAGUUUUUCAAAACCCCACAGAUGUGUCACGGAGCAACCCUAAGUCACCACAAAAACCUAUUGUUAGAGUCUUCCUGCCCAACAAACAGAGGACAGUGGUACCUGCGAGGUGUGGCGUUACAGUCCGAGACAGUCUAAAGAAAGCACUGAUGAUGAGAGGUCUAAUCCCAGAGUGCUGUGCCGUUUACAGAAUUCAGGAUGGAGAGAAGAAGCCAAUUGGCUGGGACACUGAUAUUUCCUGGCUUACCGGCGAGGAGUUGCAUGUAGAAGUAUUGGAGAAUGUUCCACUGACAACACACAACUUUGUACGGAAAACUUUUUUCACCUUAGCUUUUUGUGACUUUUGUCGAAAGCUGCUUUUCCAGGGUUUCCGCUGUCAAACAUGUGGUUAUAAAUUUCACCAGCGCUGUAGCACAGAAGUUCCUCUGAUGUGUGUUAAUUAUGACCAACUUGAUUUGCUGUUUGUCUCCAAGUUCUUUGAACACCACCCAAUACCACAGGAGGAGGCCUCCUUAGCAGAGACUUCCCUUACGUCUGGAUCGUCCCCUUCUGCACCCCCCGAUUCUAUUGGGCCCCAAAUUCUCACCAGUCCGUCUCCUUCAAAAUCCAUUCCAAUUCCACAGCCUUUCCGACCAGCAGAUGAAGAUCAUCGAAAUCAGUUUGGACAACGAGACCGGUCCUCGUCGGCUCCAAACGUGCAUAUAAACACAAUAGAACCUGUCAAUAUUGAUGAAAAAUUCCCAGAAGUGGAAUUACAGGAUCAAAGGGACUUGAUUAGAGACCAAGGGUUUCGUAGUGAUGGAGCCCCUUUGAACCAGCUGAUGCGCUGUCUUCGGAAAUACCAAUCCCGGACUCCCAGCCCCCUCCUCCAUUCUGUCCCCAGUGAAAUAGUGUUUGAUUUUGAGCCUGGCCCAGUGUUCAGAGGAUCAACCACAGGUUUGUCUGCCACGCCCCCUGCCUCAUUACCUGGCUCACUCACUAAUGUGAAAGCACUACAGAAAUCUCCAGGACCUCAGCGGGAAAGGAAGUCAUCUUCAUCCUCAGAAGACAGGAAUCGAAUGAAAACACUUGGUAGACGGGAUUCAAGUGAUGAUUGGGAGAUUCCUGAUGGCCAGAUCACAGUGGGACAAAGAAUUGGAUCCGGGUCAUUUGGGACAGUCUACAAGGGAAAGUGGCAUGGUGAUGUCGCAGUGAAAAUGUUGAAUGUGACAGCACCCACACCUCAGCAGUUACAGGCCUUCAAAAAUGAAGUAGGCGUACUCAGGAAAACUCGACAUGUGAAUAUCCUACUCUUCAUGGGCUAUUCCACAAAGCCACAACUGGCUAUUGUUACACAGUGGUGUGAGGGCUCCAGCUUAUAUCACCAUCUCCACAUCAUUGAGACCAAAUUUGAGAUGAUCAAACUUAUAGAUAUCGCACGGCAGACUGCACAGGGCAUGGAUUACUUACACGCCAAGUCAAUCAUCCACAGAGACCUCAAGAGUAAUAAUAUUUUUCUUCACGAAGACCUCACAGUAAAAAUAGGUGAUUUUGGUCUAGCCACAGUGAAAUCUCGAUGGAGUGGGUCCCAUCAGUUUGAACAGUUGUCUGGAUCCAUCUUGUGGAUGGCACCAGAAGUAAUCAGAAUGCAAGAUAAAAACCCCUAUAGCUUUCAGUCAGAUGUGUAUGCAUUUGGGAUUGUUCUGUAUGAAUUGAUGACUGGACAGUUACCUUAUUCAAACAUCAACAACAGGGACCAGAUAAUUUUUAUGGUGGGACGAGGAUAUCUAUCUCCAGAUCUCAGUAAGGUACGAAGUAACUGUCCAAAAGCCAUGAAGAGAUUAAUGGCAGAGUGCCUGAAAAAGAAAAGAGAUGAGAGACCACUCUUUCCCCAAAUUCUCGCCUCUAUUGAGCUGCUGGCCCGCUCAUUGCCAAAAAUUCACCGCAGUGCAUCAGAACCCUCCUUGAAUCGGGCUGGCUUCCAAACAGAGGACUUUAGUCUAUAUGCUUGUGCUUCUCCAAAAACGCCCAUCCAGGCGGGGGGAUAUGGUGCGUUUCCUGUCCACUGAAACAAGUUAAACGAGUGAGAGAGCAUAGGAGGGAGAAUUUGCAGCCUUCAAGUAGCCACAUCAUCAUGGCAGCAUCUACUCUUAUUUCUUAAGUCUUGUGUUCGUACAAUUUGUUAACAUCAAAACACAGUUCUGUUCCUCAGAUCUUUUUUUUAAAGAUACAAAAUUUUCAAUGCAUAAGCUGGUGUGGAACAGAAUGGAAUUUCCCAUCCAAGAAAAGAGGGAAGAAUGUUUUAGGAACCAGAAUUCCCUGCUGCCAGUGUUUCUUCAGCACAAACACCACGAGUCUGCCCACUCCCAGGAAGAAAGAGAAGAUACCCUGAGUUCUGACCUUUUGACGGUCAGGCAUGAUGGAAAGAAACUGCUGCUACAGCUUGGGAGAUUUGCUAUGGAAGGUCUGCCGGCCAACUUUGCUCUUCUAACCACCAGACCAGUAUGUGGCUGAUCACCUGAUGGGGCAGCUGCAAUCACCAAGCACCGUUCUCUUUCCUGUUCUGGGAUUUUGUUGUGGGCUCUUUCCCUAGCCACCCCCGGUGAAUUUCCGAGGGAUGGAACAAAAAUGCAGCAUGCCCUGUCUGCUUGGCGCAUGUUCAGUCCUUGAGGACUUUUUAUCAAAAUGAAGCUAUUGUGUUUAAAUGGAGGAGGAAGGGAGAAGGAGCCCCGUGUGGUGCAGAGGAAAAGGGAAUGCUGCAUCUUUUUCCUGCCCUCCUGGGUUUCUGGCCUUUCCUUGCUCACUGAGGGUGUCUGCCUAACCAAGCAGGCUGGGACGUGCUGGCACACGUGGUCUUCUUUUCUCAUUGGGUCCAGCAAUGGAGAGACGUGUUUGGGGAUUUUUUAUUUUUCCCCUCCACAAUAUAGCAGGUUCUCAGGAAAAUCUUCCUCCUAAGCUCUUCCAGUCACCAAGUACUUAGGUGGCUACUUUGUCCAGGGCACAAAAAUGCCAUGGCGGUUAUCUGAUGAAAUACAAAACUCGCUUGAGAACAGUUUUGAAUGUGAGACAUUUAUGUAAUUAAAUGUAAGGUACAAGUUUUAAUUUCUGAGUUUCUUCUAUUUUUAUUAAAAAGAAAGUAAUUUUCAGAUUUAAUCGAAUUGGAAUAAAAUAAUACUUCCCACCAGAAUUAUAUAUCCUGGAAAAUUGUAUUUUUGUUAUAUAAACAACUUGCAAAGAAAAAUCAUGAUCCUUUUCUCUACCUAAAUACGGGGAGCCUUAGCAUAAUGACGAAUAUUUAUAAUUUUUAAAUUAAUGGUACUUGCUGGAUCCACACUAACAUCUUGGCUAAUAUCUCAUUGUUUUUUCCAACUUACUCCUACACUACAUCCUACACCCUCUUUCUAGUCUUUUAUCUAGAAGAUGCAACCUCAAAUAAAAUCGGUGGUGUCUCCAUUCAUUCUCCUCCUUCCUUUUUUCCCAAGCCUGGUCUUCAAAAGGUUGGGUCAUUUGGCAGCUGAGUCCCCUGGGCAGAGAACAGAGCAGUUUUAGGUGAAUUGGGACUGAGGGAGGGUGUGUGAAGCCGAACCUCAGCCGUUUUAAUAGAAAGAGCUGCCUUGGUAUUAAGAACCUCAUUCUUUGUCUUUGUAUAAAUGGAAACUCUCACCUGGUCAUAGCGUCCUGUAUCACUCUUUACUGAAGGGUGAUGGAAGUCACAGGAAUGGCGAAGAAAGUGACUCUGGACAUAUUAAUGGCAAAUACCUCCCCGUCUCUUACCAGGAUUUAGGAAUGUAAAUCAAGUCACAUGCACUUAGUUAGGCCAACCAAGCUAUGUAGGCGAGGAUCUGAAAGAAAUUAGACAAGACCUAUGAAAUACACCAUGGAAUUAGAAAAUGUCGUUUAAAAAUUUAAAACUGUAGCUCACCCUGCUAUCUUUCAGUCUCCUAAAGCUCCCUACCAUUGAUGAUUUUCAGAGGAAGGCCUACCGAAAAUUCCAUGGACUUGUAAAAGGUUGUCUCAGGAAAAUGGAAAAUACACCGAAGUUAUUAGUGAAUUUGAAAAGCAGUGUGUUCUUAAGUCUUAAUGAGCAGAGCAGCAUCUUAACCAAAUUCAGAAAUUGCAAAGGUGGAAAGUGUUCAUGCUGAUUCGAAGAGCAGCCUGGGUUCCUAAUGCUGCCUCACUUGUAAACGCAUUGUUUCUUUUUCGUUUACGAUGUGUCCCCAUAGACGCUUUUGAACAUCUUUGUGUUCCCUUUGUGUUCCCUCUCCCGAGAUGGCAGAGGGCUGGGCUUGAGCAGUAGGCACGUCCUGCUGAGCAGGUAGAGCCCGCUCGCAGGUCCACCUCGGCUGCAGGAGCCAGCACAGGCGCUAGCUGUGGAGGAAGCUUAGAGUGGAGGUUUCAAAGCAAAAUUCAAGGUGAUACGCUUUUUUCUUCCCUUUCUUUUUCAAAUAGGUUGCCAUCUCAUUUGAAAAGGGGGAACAGACUUGAUCUCAGAUGAAGCUGUGCCCAGAAGCCAGGCUCAAGGUACCCUUGAGAGAUUUUUAAAGAGCCCUUAAAAAUUAAGAUUUGAAAAAUGUCCCUUUUCUUCCCUUUUCCAUUAAAUAGUUUUUUCUCUAGUUUACAAUUGACAUAAAAAAGCGGGGUUUCCUAUGAGUUUCACUUACUUUAUUUUUUGAUGCUGAACUACAGAUUGACUUGUUGAGCUCCUAAGAAAUACAAGGAAGACCUCCUUGUUUGUGCAAAGCACUUUAUGAGUAAGUUGUAUAUAUAGUAUGUGGCUGCUUCACUGAUUCUCCUGUAUGGCUGUAAUUAUCUGUCUUUCCCGUAAAGUGGCUGCAGUGCCUUCUGUAGUGUAUUUUAGGUGAGGAGAGUUGACACCUUCUGAAAAUGUUGAGAGCAACCAUUAAAGAUGGUUUUAAAAGAUGUAGUAUUCCUGAUGGACUUUUCAUCAUUAAACUACAGCCCAGGGUCUAGACUUUUGCCACUGAAAUAAUAUUGACCAAAAAGUAGUUUAUAAAAGGGAUUUGGGAAUAGAAAAUCCAAUGUGAUUCUUUGCAAUUAUGUGUACCUUAAAAGAGGAUUCUAUCUAGCUGUCAAAUUCUGGUUCCUGGACACCCAUCCCUGAUUGUACCAGAGAUCUGGUAGGACAUCCUAGAAGAUAAAAUCCCACAUAAAGUCUGUGCUAUAUUCACGUUGGUGUUGGAGAAGAAAGAGCAUUAUAGUUAGUUAUAAAGAAAUAAUGCAAGACGUCAAUGCUGUCAACCUUAAACUGUAAAUAUUUCCCAGAUUCUCACUGGGUGUGGUCACAGCGCCUAUCAUAUGAUGUUAGCUUUCACUCACCAGGCAGCUAGCUGCCCCUCCCACACACACUCCUUCCAGCCUCCUGCAGACCUCAUCUAGCUUAAGUUUGCAACAUUGCAGAGUUCAGGUGACCUCUUCAAAAAACUACCUCCUCAGAAUGAGGUAAUGAAUAGUUAUUUAUUUUAAAAUAUGAAAAGUCAGGAGCUCUAGAACAUGAUGAUGUAGGAUUUUAACUGUUGUGUGUACACUUGUAUUUGAGCGCUCUCAUGUUGUCCUAAAGGGCAUUAGACUUUUAAGCAGUAAUACUGAAAAAUGUAGCUCAGAGUGUCUGAAUGUUGUAGCAAGUGGUGCCAGAACCUGUUUAGGGGUACAUUUCAAAAUCUUAACCUUAAGUCAGUUGCAUGAGAUUAAAAAAUUAUGGUAUCACUCCACUGACAAUGAUUAAAUUUUAGUUUUUAGUGGGCUUGGCAAGACAGUCCAUCUUCAUAAUGAGUUAGCCACAGUUUUGUCACAUGCACAGAUACUCCUAUAGAGAGACCUGCCCAGCUAAGAGGGUAGAGAAUGAGUCCCCAUUUUGCAAGAUUCUCUUCUUUGUUCAAGUUGGCAUUGUUAGUGCUAGAAUAGCAGCACCUUGAGACUAACAGAUUCCAACCAUUAGGGUAUUAAAAACAAAAAAACACGUAGCCAGACAUGGAAGGUUUACUGUAUGAACAGGAAAUAGCUUACAGAUUGUCCAUUGAAAUGGCGUAGGUGAGGCUCUAGAAAAAUACCUUGAUAAUUUGCCAAAUGAUCUUACUGUGCCUUCAUGAUGCAAUAAAAAAGCUAAAAUUUUAGCAGAAAUCAGUGAUUUGUGAAGAGAGCAGCCACUCUGGUCUGACUCAGUUGUGUUAAUAUUUUUUAGAGUGCAAUUUAGACUGCAAAGAUAAAUGCACUAAAGAGUUUAUAGCCAAAAUCACAUUUUAAAAAAAUGAAAAAAAACACACGUAAAUUUUCAGUGAACAAAAUUAUUUUUUUAAAGCACAUAAUCCCUAGUAUAGUCAGAUGUAUUUAUCACAUAGAGCAAAUAGGUUGAAAUUAUAGUUCAGUGACAUUUCUAGAGAAACUUUUUCUACUCCCAUAGGUUCUUCAAAGCAUGGAACUUUUAUAUAACAGAAAUGUUGGACAGACAUUUUAAGAAGUUGCUGUAGUUUAGGGUUGAAGUAUGGUAUGCUGGGCAGCAAUCGUGUGUAUUAACUUAGGAAGGGGAAGGAAAUUCAAAUACGGGACAGAAUGUGAUUUUAUCAGUUUCUAGAGUACUGCUGCCAACCAAGACACUGAUUUUUCAGAGUUUGAAAUGGAAACUCGCCUCCCAGGACUGGUUGGCCGAUUCCGCAGGCCUGUGCUGCUAAUGCUGUUUGGGGUGCUAUGGGGACAGGUGGGGUGUCCGGGGUGGGGGGGUAUGAGGAGCUCUUAUAAAGGGGCAUUAUUGGACUAGUGAAUGGCCUGGCCAGUGGAUGUGGACUGGACACACUCCCUGCUAUGCCUCUUGUAUCUUGCUUCAUUCCUCACCACCCCAAAGAGGCAGUGUAGUCUUCAGCGAGGUCUCUAGAUGUUUGCGAAGGCGUGUCACCAUGCGUGUGGGUCGUGGAGCACCCAGGAGCACAGUAGCACCUCUGCCUGGUUGGCACACUGGCCAGCGGAGAAUGUGGUGCCCUUGGAUUCAUGCUCCAUGUUGCUAGCUCUGGUAACACUGAAAACAGCAGAAAGGGUUUUGUUUUAUAUCCAUACACUAGACAGGAAGCUUUGUUUUGUUCUUUUCAGAUAACUUAUUUUUACUUCUGUUUGGGCAAAGACAUUUAAAUGGAAAUUCAGUCUUAUAGAAGGUAAUUCACAGUUUCUAUUGGGUAUUUUUAGGGUAGAAGAGGACAGAAACUUCAAUUGAGGUAACAGUGCUUUAUUUAAAACUGCAUGGGGACAGUUGGUCCCCACCUCAAAAGAAUGUUUCAGUACAACUUUUAUUUCAGCAUCACAACUUCAAUUGUUAAUUUAGGUUUAAUUACUACAUCAGUUUCAUUAAAACAUUUAAUUUUUUUAGCUGUUUUGACUAAUUACAGUGAUAUAAGCAAUUGUGCAUGAGGACACAAUGUACCUAUUUUUUUGUGGUGCAUUUGUUUUUGAAGAAUUCUAUAGAUUGAAGUACUCUUUGAAAACAAUGAACUGAAACAUGUUCAUUCAUGUUAGUAUCCAAGAAAAAAAAACAAAAACAAUUUGUGCAAACCAUCCGUGUCUCCUGGCAAUGAGCGCGUUGCCCAGCCCCCGUGAGCGGCAGGUUCUCAUCAGUGUGUCUGUGGAGGGAUUGGGCCUGAGGCCCACAUAGGAGAGGCGGCCGCGGACGGUUCCGUGUACAGGGGUAGAGAUGGGGAUUGUGAGUGAGUUGCUUAGUGCCAGUUUUCUUUUGAAAAUUGUGUUGCAUUUGUGCGUUAAGCUUUUUUAACCCAUGUGUGUUCUGGUGGAGUAUGAGUUACAUAGGAGGACACGUCAGACUAAACGAAGCCACAGAGCUCACAAACUAGGCACAAAUAUAGAGAAAAUGGACCAAAUAGAACGGGGGAGGGUGUGGGAGUAAGUCUGAGGGUAGGGAAAAAUGGACAUGAGAGUGGGAAAUAAACCAUAAUUAUCUGAAAUAAAAUGUAAGAGUGCAAUAAGUGUGCUUUUUAUCCUAAGCUGUGAACGGUUUUUGAAAAAAAUCAUUCCUUCUACAUUUGUGUAUGUUCCGUAGCUGAUUUCAAACUAGCUAUGUGAACAUAAUGCCUUUUAUUCACGUUCAUUACCAACGUAAGUGGCUAACCUUUAUGUCUUAUCUUCAUGUUGUGUUAGUUUACAUACAGAGGUGUAUGUGCUGUACCCUUUUCCCUCCGUCAUUUGAAAAUGCAUUCAUCGGGUCCUCUGUUUCCUUAGGCCAUGCUACACGUUACAGUCUCCUUUGGGCCUUCAUGUCGCCCAAUGUGGGGACCGUCAUGGUCACCCAUUUCUGUGGUAGCCUCAUUUGUCGGUGGUCCACUCUGACCCUUUCCUCACUCAGCAUUUGCUGUUUCUCCUGAAAUGGGAGCGUACAGCUGAUCAGGGGGUUGAAUUUGAUUGUUGACUGACAUGUUCCUUUGACUUGUAGUCAGUAGUUGUGACUGCUCUUUGGUUUGGACCAAGAAAAAGGAAAUCACCCCCCUUCUCAUUUAUUUGUUGGUUUGAGGACAAUUCUUCUCUAAGGGAGGGGAAAGGGAGACCCGUCAUGUUUUCACUGAGGCGAAUUAAUGGCGCCUGGUUCACUGCUCCAAACCUUAGGGCAAGUCUCACACAUUCCUCUCCUCUUUUGCUGCCAAAGGUUCGGGGUUAAUUCACUUCAGUUCCACUCAAGCAUUGAAGAGGUUCUCAUGGAGUCUGGGGUGUGCCCAGUGAAAAGAUGGGGACUUUUUAAUUGUCCACAGACCUCUCUAUAUCUGCUUUGCAAAAAUUACUAUGGAGUAACUAUUUUUAAAGCUUAUUUUUCAAUUCAUAAAAAAAAGACAUUUAUUUUCAGUCAAAUGGAUGGUGUCUCCCCUCUUGUUCCUUAAUCCUCAGUGUUUGCUUGAAUUUUUUUCCCCCCCAAUUCUUCCCUACACCUACUUCUUGAUACUUUGGUUCUCUUUCCUGCUCAGGUCCCUUCAUUUGUACUUUGGAAUUUUUCUCAUGUAAAUUUGUACAAUGGAAAAUAUUGUUCAGUUUGGAUAGAAAGCAUGAAGAAUUAAAUAAAAAGAUAGAUGAAAUUCAGAUUGAAGAAAUUUAUUUCUGUGUAAAGUUAUUUAAAAAACUCUGUAUUAUAUAAAAGGCAAAAAAGUUCUAUGUACUUGAUGUGAAUAUGCGAAUACUGCUAUAAUAAAGAUUGACUGCAUGGAGAAGUCUU